AAAGCCAAGCCAAGCCUCCAAAUUCACGAAAACGCCGGACUGCGGCCGACAUCGCACCGCUGCACUUGGCUGCGUGCAUUCGCAGUUUCGCACACAGAUACGCGAUUAUAUUAUACACUUGCGACUCAGCGCGAGUGUGUCAUUAGUUCGGAACUGCUGCUGCGCUGCGUCGUUUACAUCUCUGCACCCACGCAAACUGAUCGUGGGCAUUGUUUUUUCCUAUUGCAUGCGAUUUGCAGUUAGCAAAGAUAAACCGCCACAUUGGAGAUGCAAACGAUCAAGUGUGUAGUUGUAGGAGACGGUGCGGUAGGUAAAACCUGCCUGCUGAUCUCCUACACUACCAAUAAAUUUCCAUCAGAAUAUGUACCCACUGUAUUUGACAAUUAUGCUGUCACAGUAAUGAUUGGUGGUGAUCCUUACACCUUGGGCCUGUUUGAUACUGCUGGUCAGGAGGAUUAUGAUCGUUUGCGUCCUUUAAGUUAUCCGCAAACAGAUGUAUUUCUCGUUUGUUUUUCUGUGGUUUCCCCAUCAUCUUUUGAGAAUGUCAAAGAAAAGUGGGUACCAGAAAUAACACAUCAUUGUCAAAGGACCCCAUUUUUACUAGUUGGAACUCAAAUUGAUUUAAGGGAUGAUGUUGCUACAAUUGAAAAAUUGGCAAAAAAUAAACAAAAACCUAUUUCGGUUGAACAAGGAGAAAAGCUGGCUAAAGAAUUAAAAGCUGUCAAAUAUGUAGAGUGUAGUGCAUUGACUCAGAAAGGACUUAAGAAUGUUUUUGAUGAAGCAAUUUUAGCUGCCUUAGAGCCCCCAGAACCACCUUCAGGCAGAAAGUGUCUUGUAUUGUAAGAUGGUACUAGUCUAUGAGAAGCUAGAUAUUCAUGAUUAGUCUGUUACAGGUUGGUAAAUGAAACUAAUUUACUGGAAGCUAUGGCAACAGUUAUCCAAUAACUACUUCAAUGGCGACAGACACAUUCCGUAUUUUAAUGAAACUUAUGCGUAGAAUAGAGACUCUUGAACUAUUUAACCGCAUAUUAUCAACAAUUGUCCGUCGUCAAUUACAAUUGAAUAUUGCUUUGAUUUUCAGAAAUUCAUGGCAACAUUUAUACUGUUUAUAAGAAAUAUUCCGAACUUUAUUUGUUGUUUCCAAUAGGACUUCCAUUUAUACACCAAGAAACGUUUUUGGGACCUUAUAUACUUAUAUACAAAAUACUCUUCAUAUAAACUUUUGCAUUUGGCGAAUUAAUCAAAAAUAAAUUCGCUAAAACUAUGGACUGAUAUACUAGGGUGAUAGAUCUUUAUGAUACUCGCGAAUUGCAUGAGUAAGUAGUGUUGCGCUAAGAAAAGUAUGGAAAAACAUCACAAUUAUCCGAGUUUGUAGAAAUAAUUUUAUUACAUAUAUCCAGCCAUUAUUGAGA